UUUCCAUGUUCUUUUCGUAUUAAGCCAAUGAUGUUUUGCAAUGGCUACUCAUGGUGCAUCUGACUAGGGUGGAAGUCACAGAUCUACUACAUCUGUGCCAGGUCCAGAUCUGUAAGCUUCGGCUGCUAUGUGACUUUAGAACCGCUGCAGAAUCGUGUCUUUGUCUGAUGCUUUGCAUGAUGAAAGCAUUUUUCGUUGAAACCAGUCAGGUUCUAUUCUGGUCAAGGAGGUGUGACCACAACAUUCUUAAUGAGUCUUCUAGACAUAAAAUCCAAAAGGUGUCUGAAGACCUCCUGAUAUAGACACACCACCCAUUCCUGAGAGAGAGAGCUUUCCUGCAGCUUGCAUCCAUUGAACAAAGACUGAAUUCUUGGGAAAUCAUUCCUUAGAAGAGUUGUGGGAGUUCAGAGGUUGUUUCAGCCCAUGUGCAGGCUCUUGCUCUUCCUCCCUGUCUCCGGCCAGUGAAGAAGAAGAUGACAUGGAGUUGGACUCAGUGCUGGAGGAAGGAGUUCAGCAGGAGGAAGUUGACCUUUCACCCCUACACACCUGAGUUGCUGCUGCACCCACAGUGGGACAUAUCGCCAUGGCUCUGGCUGCUCUACAGGUUCUUCAUGCUGGGCUACACGCUGGGCUGGUGCAUGUACUCUGGCCUGCUCUUCUCCACCCCCAAAUGGCUCAUCUACAUCAGCCACCUCACCUACUGCCUCCUGGGGGUCUACUACCUGCUGGCCUCCGCUAACCUCACUGGAGCCGUAGUGCUGGUCAGACGGCACUGCAGGGAUCAGUGUAGAACUGUUAGCGAAGUCAAUCCAGCUAACUCCAUAGGCUCUUUGGGCCCAUUCCCUCUCCCCUCCCCCCUCAUCAAAUCGCUGAGUCUCCAGUGGUUCCUCCUCACAUUCGUGAGCACCUACUCACUUACCGUGUCCUUCCUCUAUUGGCUGGCCGUCUUCCCCGUGGAGGACCACAAGCUGUCCGCCUUCAACGUCAACAUGCAUGUGGGCAACUCCCUGCAGUCGUUGCUGGACCUCUUCCUCUCGGCCACGCCCAUCCACUUCUUCCACUACGUCUACCUGCUGCUGGUCGGCUGCGCGUACGCCACCUUUGCCGUCCUCUACUGGCUGUCCGGCUUCACCAACCUGGCCGGCGAGCCGUUCAUCUACAAGGUGCUGGACUUCGGCGCGUGUCCGCUCACGGCCUCGCUCUCCGUGCUGGGCUUCACGCUGGUCUGCCUGCCCCUCUUCCACUUCCUGCUGUGGAACGUCCACCUGUUGAGGCGCUGGCUGGUGGAGGUGGUGCUGCGCGGCGGUGCCUGGGACCUGCGCCGCGGUGUGUGGUGGUGGAGGGUCAGCGGGAAGAAGGAGCCAGUGCCCAUAUCUCUCACCGACACUUCCACCUCCACAUCCCUCUUCUCCUCCAGCGGCGCGGGGGCAGAGGAAGGGGUCGCCCAGCCCCUGCUGGUGCCCACCGGGUCCAGCCGGGUGGCUGUGUCCGUCUAUGUCUGAACAUCCCCACUCGACCCAUCAAACUGUAUACAUCUCCAUAUAGAUAUGAUAUAGUUGACUUAUUCACACAGACCUAACAGUGAAGUGUUUUAAGCAUCAUGCAUCAGGUCUCCUGAUUGGAUGAAUUGGAGGCUCUGUGUAUUUUGAGUCAGUCUACUGUAUCUUAGCUAAUCACAUUCAUAUGAAAGACCUAAAGUUUUCUCACACACCCACAGACACAGUGGUUCACACGACAUAUCAGUGUGUUUACUUUCUUUCUUUACUUUCUAAACCUCUAAUUUUCCUUCUUUUGUGUCUCCCUGAGUGUGGUCUGUUUAUAGAACACAGUGCUCCUCUCAGAAGAUGGUUGUGCAACGGUGGAUGUUUACCCCAUGCAGCACCUAUGAUUAUGAUGUGCUAAAAAGCACUGGGACUGUUUGGUCUCUCCAGUAUAAUUUGUGUGUUCGGGCUGUGGAUACCUGAGGUGCCAGUAAACAAAACAAUAUAGAAUUUACCCAAGUGUGUGGGGGCUUUUGUGAUUUUGGUCCGUAAACACUUGACCAUUUCUAUUUUUUUUAGAUACUAUGGUGGUUUGUGAUGUAUGCAUUUCACUCUGAACAGCGACUCACUGAAGCAACCCAGACAUUUGUAUUAAUGGUGUUUAAUAUGGAUAGCUUGCAAAGAAAUGAUGUGAUUUCUUUAAUUGGAUUGCAGAGGACUUGUAUUGGGGCAUGGCCCAAAGUAAAAAUACAACUGAGUUUAGGGCUUCCUAUUCUCCACUAGAGGACAGUAUUUGUAUCAUGUGUAUUAAACCAAAGAAUACAAAUACACUGAGCAAACACACUUUCACCUCUUGUUACAGCACACCUUU